GUUCAGUCGUUAAUCUAUGUUAAGUUUCCAUUAUAUCCACGUGGAUCAUUCAGUGCUUAUCUUGUCGGUGAAGGUGAUCCAGACAGUGGUGCUGGUGGAGAUCUAGAUGACGGUGGUCUGGAUGAUAAUGAUGUUGUUGAAGAGAUGGAAAAUGGUGAUGUUGGCGGUGGUAAAGAUGACAGUGGUGAUGAAUCAGUUGAAGAGGAAGAAGACCUGCUGUCGUCUGAUGCAGAUGAUGAAUCCGCUGAUAAAGUGAAACGUAAUAAAUCACCAGAGAAUAGAAAUCCAGUUAGAGAUUAUGAUCGACAUGAAGUAAAGAAGAGGCUCUUCCAGAAGGCUUCAUAUAAACCAGCCUAUGAACACGUUUCUCCAUCAGUCCGUCAUGGUCAUUUAAAAGCUUUCACUUAUCUGGCUGGUCGAGCUGAAUUGAAUCGUGUUCUACAAAUCCUCUUGCAUGGUUUAGAUAUGAAUUUUCCAGAUCGUUUCAAUUAUUCUAUAUCAUGUUUAAGUCGAAUAUUUCUUUCUACGCCAAUAUUAAAUUUCUCAGAUGAUCAUAUCUCAAAUUCAAUGAAUCCAAUUACACAGAAAAUUAUCAGCGAAUCCACUGAUCUACAAGACACGGUGUAUACAAUCUAUGAGCGUAUACUGAGUUAUCUGUCAACAUUGAAUGAAAAUAUGUACACAGAUGUACAAACUGUAGCCAAUUCACAAAUGAAUACAACUAUCUAUCGACCGGAUACCAAGCCAAUGGGAAAUUCACGUUCCCCCAUAGAUAUACGUUAUAUGACUGGAUUAACUGGCCUGUGUAUAUCAUUGGCUAUUUCAUCAGCAUCAAAUCCUCAAUUUCGAUGUCGUUUAAUUCAACAAUUAACUAGUACAAUAUUCACAUGUCAAUGGCAACCAGAUACAGCUAGAUUACUUGGUUAUCAAGCUUAUUGGCUGGCUAUUGAUUCAUCGUGUACUACUACUAGCCCAGGUGGUGAUUGUUCAACCAAUAAAGAUACUGUCAGUACAUCACUUUAUGCUGUGAAACUUAUAUGGCCAAAAUUUAUGGCUAUUGUAAAAGAAAUUGAACGUGAUAACUCAUUUAUUCAUCAUUAUCGACCAGAGCCUCGAUUACUCGCCCUGCUGUACAUUCUACCAGGUUAUAUAUGCGCUUUACCAGCUGAAAGUCUAGUUGAUCCAGAAAUCUAUGCGGCAUUUAUUCAACCUCUGAUUAUAAUCCUCGGUAAACUUCUCUAUCUAUCAACUGGAUGUUGUGUUAAGCCUCAGUGGAAUGAAUUAUUCCCUGAUGGUGUUGAUGAUGCAAUAGCCUCAUCUAUUGGUUUCAAUAACAAUGAUAAUGCUGAUGAUGGUGAUAAGGGUCCAAUGACAAGUGCAUGUCCUGCACUGGCUGAAGCCUGUGGAAGUUUUCUAGGCAUGUUACUGCAUCGUUUAACCUGUUAUAGUAUUGAUUUUCGACGAUUUAAUCUAUUGGGAAAUGGUGUCGGUGUUAAAGAUGAUGAAGGUGAUACUGAUAAUAAUAAUAAUAACAACGAUGACGCAACCAUGCUGAACAGUCGUCAUCAUCAUAACCAUGAUGAAGCAUAUGCACAAUCCUCAUGGUGGACACCAUUUGUCCAUCUGAAAUCAAUCGUCAGCUAUUGUUAUAAUAAUAAAAGAGGGAGUAAUAAUAAACGACGUCAGCAUAGUUUUUGGUUUAUACCAACUUUAAUGACAAAAUCGCUAGGUCAACAACUCAUUAAAGCCUUUUUAUACCCAAUUAUGCAAGAAUUAGAUAGAACUUGUGAUCGAUUAAAGAUUUUACUACAGAAUCAUUGUAAUAACCUCGACGAGAAUGCUGCUACGACGGCUGUCAAACAGAAUAAUUGCGGGAAAAGUUAUACUGAACAACAGAAUGAAUUCACCACGUUGACAAUUUGGAUGAAUCAUAUUACAAAUGGUCUGGCUGAUGCUUUAGCUCCUCGGAAACAAGAAAUCCCUACGACAGCGACGCCGACGACUACUACGGUUAUCGGAAAUGAUAUUAUCCCUUGGCAUGGAUUAAAAAGUCUAAUGAAUAGCUUAAAUGAUGCCUGUCAGAUAUUACCAAGUGAAGAUUUAAAAUCUUCUGUAUCUGAUUGGGAUAUUACUUAUUUUUAUAUGAAUAAUGACCAACAACAACCACAACAGCAGCAGCAACCGCAGGAGAAUGUCAAUGAAGUGUCCAUGGAGUUACGUGAUUCAAUGUUAAAACUUGGCCUACAGUUGUUAGAUGUGAUGUCAAAGUUAAUUGAACAAGCUGAUGACAAUUUAAUGGACAAUAAUAUAAUAUUCUAUCUCUCAGUGGAACAAAUUGAUCAGAUUGUCAAUCUGUUCACACCGAUCUGUUUAAAUCAUCUUCUCUAUUCAAAAUCAAUUACAAUCGUUAAUAUAACUGUAGAAAUUAUUCCAAUGUUAUGUAAACUACGACCAAGUCUAGUUUUACCGAAUCUUCUCAAUGACCUGGAAUAUGGUUUAACUAGACCAGAAAUGCCGUUACGGUUUACACGACCACUAUAUGCUUUAAUAUGGUCUGUUCAGUCGUUAAUCUAUGUCAAGUUUCCAUUAUAUCCACGUGGAUCAUUCAGUGCUUAUCUUGUCGGUGAAGGUGAUCCAGACAGUGGUGCUGGUGGGGAUCUAGAUGACGGUGGUCUGGAUGAUAAUGAUGUUGUUGAAGAGAUGGAAAAUGGUGAUGUUGGCGGUGGUAAAGAUGACAGUGGUGAUGAAUCAGUUGAAGAGGAAGAAGACCUGCUGUCGUCUGAUGCAGAUGAUGAAUCCGCUGAUAAAGUGAAACGUAAUAAAUCACCAGAGAAUAGAAAUCCAGUCAGAGAUUAUGAUCGACAUGAAGUAAAGAAGAGGCUCUUCCAGAAGGCUUCAUAUAAACCAGCCUAUGAACAUGUUUCUCCAUCAGUACGUCAUGGUCAUUUAAAAGCUUUCACUUAUCUGGCUGGUCGAGCUGAAUUGAAUCGUGUUCUACAAAUCCUCUUGCAUGGUUUAGAUAUGAAUUUUCCAGAUCGUUUCAAUUAUUCUAUAUCAUGUUUAAGUAGAAUAUUUCUUUCUACGCCAAUAUUAAAUUUCUCAGAUGAUCAUGCCUCAAAUUCAAUGAAUCCAAUUACACAGAAAAUUAUCAGUGAAUCCACUGAUCUACAAGACACGGUGUACACAAUCUAUGAGCGUAUACUGAGUUAUCUGUCAACAUUGAAUGAAAAUAUGUACACAGAUGUACAAACUGUAGCCAAUUCACAAAUGAAUACAACUAUCUAUCGACCGGAUACCAAGCCAAUGGGAAAUUCACGUUCACCAAUAGAUAUACGUUAUAUGACUGGAUUAACUGGCCUGUGUAUAUCAUUGGCUAUUUCAUCAGCAUCAAAUCGCCAAUUUCGAUGUCGUUUAGUUAAACAAUUAACUAGUACAAUAUUCACAUGUCAAUGGCAACCAGAUACAGCUAGAUUACUUGGUUAUCAAGCUUAUUGGUUGGCUAUUGAUUCCUCGUGUACUACUACUAGCCCAGGCGGUAACAGCACUAAUGGUGGUGAUCAUUGUUCAGCCAAUAAAGAUACUGUCAGUACAUCACUUUAUGCUGUGAAACUUAUAUGGCCAAAAUUUAUGGCUAUUGUAAAAGAAAUUGAACGUGAUAAUUCAUUUAUUCAUCAUUAUCGACCAGAGCCUCGAUUACUCGCCCUGCUGUACAUUCUACCAGGUUAUAUAUGUGCUUUACCAGCUGAAAGUCUAGUUGAUCCAGAAAUCUAUGCGGCAUUUAUUCAACCUCUGAUUAUAAUCCUCGGUAAACUUCUCUAUCUAUCAACUGGAUGUUGUGUUAAACCUCAGUGGAAUGAAUUAUUCAUCGGUGAUGUUGAUGAUGCAAUAGCUGCAUCAAUUGGUUUCAAUAACAGUGACAAUUCUGAUGAUGGUGAUAAGGGUACAAUGACAAGUGCAUGUCCUGCACUGGCUGAAGCCUGUGGAAGUUUUCUAGGCAUGUUACUGCAUCGUUUAACCUGUUAUAGUAUUGAUUUUCGACGAUUUAAUCUACUGGGAAAUAGUGUCGGUGUUAAAGAUGAUGAAGGUGAUGCUGAUAAUAAUAAUAAUGACACAACCAUGCUGAACAGUCGUCAUCAUCACCAUGAUGAAGCUUAUGCACAAUCCUCGUGGUGGACACCAUUUGUCCAUCUGAAAUCAAUCGUCAACUACUGUUAUAAUAAUAAGGGGAGUAAUAAUAAACGACGUCAGCAUAGUUUUUGGUUUAUACCAACUAUAAUGACAAAAUCGCUAGGCCAACAACUCAUUAAAGCCUUUUUAUAUCCAAUUAUGCAAGAAUUAGAUAGAACUUGUGAUCGAUUAAAGAUUUUACUACAGAAUCAUUGUAAUAACCUCGACGAGACAAAUGCUGGUGCUGCUGCUACUGCCACGACGACCGCUGUCAAACAGAAUAAUUGCGGGAAAAGUUAUGCUGAACAACAGAAUGAAUUCACCACGUUGACAAUUUGGAUGAAUCAUAUUACAAAUGGUCUAGCGGAUGCUUUAGCUCCUCGGAAACAAGAAAUCCCUACGACAACGGCAGCGACAGCGACGACGCCGACGACUACUUCGGUUAUCGGAAAUGAUAUUAUCCCUUGGCAUGGAUUAAAAAGUCUAAUGAAUAGCUUAAAUGAUGCCUGUCAUAUAUUGCCGAGUGAAGAUUUAAAAUCUUCUGUAUCUGAUUGGGAUAUUACUUAUUUUUAUAUGAAUAAUGACCAACAACAACAGCAGGAGAGUGUCAAUGAAUUGGCCAUGGAGUUACGUGAUUCAAUGUUAAGGCUUGGCUUACAGUUGUUAGAUGUGAUGUCAAAGUUAAUUGAACAAGCUGAUGACAAUUUAAUGGACAAUAAUAAUAAUUAUAGUAAUAAUAAUAAUAAUAAUAAUAAUAAUAAUGAAAAUUUGAUUGGUGAUAUACACGAGAAUAAUGAUGGUUCAAUGGAGAAAUUAAAUCAUUAUACUGAUACUGGUCCAAAAUCGAUUUGGUUAUUAAUUCAACCGGUACAGAUUGUUAAUCUACUGGAAAUAACUCAUCGUGCCGCGCUAAAUAUUCCCAUGAAUGAAAUUCGACCACAGUUAUUACAAAUCGUACGUGGUCCACUUGGUUUGCUAUCGCCUGAUUUAGGAGCACGCAACUGUGUACAUCCAUUAAAUCAACAAGCAUCACGUGAGACUGGCGGCAGCAACAACAGCAACAGCAGUGAUAUGAUAGAUAAAUUAAUCCCAAGUAUUAACAGUUUAAAUGGUGUUUAUUGUACUACAAUUGCCGAGAAACAUGAAACUGGUGAAGAGAUACAGACGUAUUCUGGUUGUUCAUUUAUCACUUAUGCAGCACGUAUACAUGAACAUUUUCGAGUCUUCUUAAUCCAUCAUUUACAGAAACAAUUAAUGCUGAAUGUUAAAAGUGUUGAUAAUAAUAAUAAUAGUAAUAAUCAGUUUAUAUGCCGUUCAAUUGCUUGUGCUAAUAUUCUACUGCCAUCGCCUUCGAUAAGACAAUUUGCUGAAAUAUUAACUCGUCUAGCGAUAUCACCACGUCGAUCGGAUAUUAGACAAAUUGCUACAUCAUUAUUAAAUGGAUAUUUAAUUAGAAAAUGUCCAUCUAUUGGUAGUCAACUGUUGAAAUCAAUGAUCCAGCGUUUAGACAAUAUAAUCCCUGAUAUCAAUGCUUCAAUAUCUUCGUCUAGUGCAUCAUUAAUAUCUUCAGCAUCAGGUUCUUCAUCGUCUUCGUCUUUAUCCGCCUUGAAUACAAAUACACAUGCACAACAAAUUUCAUCGUUAAUUGCUUCUUCACUUGAAACCAAGCAAAAGUUAAUCCACUUUCGACGUAUAUCUGCUAUUACACUGUGUAAACGUGUCUUUUGUCGUCAUCAUACUGAUCGUGAAUAUGAUGAAUUAUUCCGUUUAGAUCCGUGUCUAUUUGUCCAAUUCUGUUUAUGCCUUAUUCAACAAUUAAUGAAUUAUGAGAAAGAAAAUUCUAUUUGGUUUAAUGAUUUCCACCCUUCUAUGAAUACUAUUCAUCAUGAAGUCGUUAAUGGUGAUGAUGAUGAUGAUGAUGAUGAUGAUCAGAUUGAUGACAAUUCACCUUAUCGUGAGGAUAAUACUAGACAAAAAUCAAAAGACCGCCAUAACCAACAACAACAACAACACCAACGAAAACGUCAGUUAAAACAACUUCAAACAAAUCGUGAUCAAUUGGAACAUUUAAUCACUCAGAUAUUACGUACAUUUAAACAUUUUCCUAUUGAUGUGAUAUUAUAUUUUCCAACAAAGGAUAAACUUCCACCAAAUAGUUGGUUAUCUAAAAUUUUUAUUGAAAUUGAUUAUUGUUUAAAUCAUGCAUUUCAACAUAAUAAUAAUAAUAAUAGCAGUAAUUCAACAUGUAACGCUACCAUUGAAACAUUGAACACACCAAAUCAACUAAUCAAUAAAGUCAUUGAAAAGCGUAUUGAAGCCUUAACAUUAUAUACACAAAAAAUUUCUGAAUAUAUUGUUAAAAUAUGUUCAAAUUUUUGUAAAAAUUUACAAAUAUCAAGUAAAGAUUCAUUACCACACAAUACUACUACUACUAAUGAUGAUGAUAAUUUGAAUUCUGUGAGUAGUUGUAAUAGUAGUUGGAUGUUUAUAACCACCCUAUUGCAAAUUUUACAUUUCCCUAUGAAUGAACCCUUAUCCCCACAAUGGAAAUCCAGCGUGAACUGUCUUACUGAACCAGUGUUGUGUCCACCAUCUGUAAAAUUUAUUCAUACUCUGUUCGAAUUAAUGAAAUGUGAACAGACGGAAGUAGCAUUUACCGCAAUUCGAUGUAUUGCAGAGCUGAAUUACACCUUAGUGGGAUAUUAUCGUAAACCAUUAGUGAAGUGUAUUUAUCCAGCUGAAGUAUGUAAAGAAAAAUCAACUGGAGAGGAUCAUCAUGGAGGAGAAAGUUGUCUACCGAAUAUUAUUGCUGGUCCACGUCCUGAUAAUAAAUUUCUUCUAUUUAAUGAAAGUGCUAAAGUAUUACAGUCGAAUGAUGCCUAUAGAAAACAUCAUCAUAUUGGAUCAUUACAUUGUGGUUUUGUUUACUAUCCACCUGAAGUGUAUAUCCCUGAUCCUGAUUGUAUUAUACCCUAUCCAGUGUUCAACGAUAAAAAAAAGGAUAUGGCGACCACUGCUGCUGCUACUCCUACUACAACAGAUGAUUCUUUGACCUUUGAUAGCAUCAUCAUUAGUCAACAAUCUUGGUUAUCACAUUUCACUAGAAAUGAUUCACAAAAUACCUUAAGACAACAAUGUGCCUGGCUAUCAGCCUACAAGUUAUCUAAUCGAUACAGCUGUGAAACCCGCGAAUUUUGGAUUAAAUUAGCUAAGAAUUUAUUAUAUAUGCAUAGAACAUUUCUUGGUAAAUCGGGUUGUUCUCAUGCAAUACGCUUUCUAGUCUAUACAUGCUUACUUGCUUAUGGUCCAGAGAAUAUGUUAAAGCAUAUAGAGUAUUUUAUAAAAACACUGUUAAUCACGCUACCAAAUAAUUCAAAAAAUUCACCAUUGGAUGGAAAAGCUGAAUUCAUUGGUUUCUAUUGGAUACGUGCUGUACUGAACGUGUUGAUACUUCUCAGUGAAUUAUGGUCACGUGAAUGGCGGUAUUAUUUUUGGCGUUGGAUGAUACCGCGGAUAUUAUGCUGGUCAGAGAUAUGCGCAUUAAAAGUAUCCGUAAAUGAUUUAGCCCAAUCAAUUGAUGAAAAAUUACAUCCAACGCUAACACAUGUCCAAUGGGUUGUAUCAAUGUAUGCUGGUAAAUUUGCUGGAGGCAGAGAUGAUGAUGAUGAUGGGGAUGAUGCGAAUGACGGAGGUGAUCAUGUGGUGGACUGUACUACAGAGAAACCGUCAUCAGUGAAUAAUGAUAGUAAUAACAACAGGGUUAGUCAAUCGUCAGCUGGUGGACCAUUUCAUCGUAUCAGUUUUAUGUAUGCCUUUGUUAUACAUGAAGUUAUUGAUGAAUUAGAACAAGAUGUUCAUUGUUUACACCCGUUAUGGGAUUGGGCUAUACAAGGUUUACUUGAAUGCUGUUGUCAUAGCAACAACAACAAGAACAAUAAUAAUAAUAAUCCAUUGAGUCAAAUGAAGUCAUCAGCCUGUCAGCAUAUGAAAGAUAUAUCUGAUGAUGAUGAUAGUAUUAUUAUUAUGCCAUCAUCUGUCGGUGGUGAUGAUGAUGACAUUGAUACAUGCCCAUCUUGUCUACUUAAUCAAUACUUACCAUUACAACAUCGUCGUGUAUUCUAUGAAAGAAUAUGUUAUGUGUUUACAAUGUCAAUGGGUUGGAUUGGUAUACCAUUACAUGAGAAGUUGAUAUCCUUGUUACAAGCAACAACACAACAGCAACAGAAAUCCUCUUUCAUCUCGUCGUUAUCAUCGUCGGUAAAUGGAUCCUCUUUGGUUCCAUAUUCAUCAGAACAGAAGUCCACUGUCUGUUGGUGGUAUUCUCAAGCGUGUAAUAAUGCCUUAUGGAUAAGAGAUUUAGCCGCCCUAAUAGCUACUUAUCAUACCUCGUGUAUAUUUAAUAUACAUCUUCAUGAAGAGAAGAAUAAUUUAAGCAUAAUUACAUAUAAUCCUCGUCGUCAUAAUAAUAAUAAUAAUAAUAAUAAUAAUAAUGAUAAUAAUAAAACAGAGAGAAGUCAGCUAUUAUGCUUAACAAAACAACCGUCAACAAAUGUUGUGCAAAAUUAUGAAUUAUUUGCUAAAGGUUUAUUUAAUUAUUCAAAAGAUAAUUAUGAUAAAUUUACUGGUGGAGAAUUUUUAGUUAAAGUGUUUAUACCAUUACUUGUUCGAGACACAGUGAAUGUUCUUCGAUUGAAAGGAGUAAAGUUAUCCAAGUCAACUUUGAAGUUACCAGUAGCUGAACCGGAACAGAUUAAUUCUGCUAUUUUAAAAGAGAUUUAUAAUAAAAUAUCAAAUACCGCUGAAAUUAUCACUGAUGACAAUGACAUCCUUAUGAAUAAUGACAAGAAUGAUAAUAGUUAUGAAAGUUAUCGUCGAGCAGAGAUUAUUGUCUUAUCAAAUCGUCUGUUCUGUUUAUAUACAUGUUUCAUAUCACUCUUGACACUUGGUUUCCCUGUAUACAGAACUAGAAUGAUUCAAAAUGCCUUAAGGCAUGGGGAUACUGUCGUUGACACCAGUGACUCGACAACGACGACAACGGUAAAUAACAACAUCCAUAGUGAUUCCAGUGAGGAUAAUAAUAAUGAAAGUCAAUUAAUCCAGUCAGCAUGUUGUACAUCAAUAUGCCAGUAUUUAAUGCCACUUAUUGCAGAUAUCUGUUCAAUAGGCAAUGCCUACGAUUAUUUUUCAAUUUCAUUAAAUAUGAAUAUAUUUCAUGAUAAUUCAUCUAUAUCAAAAACAAAACAUCAUAGUGUACAAUUUGAUGAGGAGCAUAUGGAUGGUUUAAAUUAUAGUGUAUCAGCUUAUUUGAUAAAUUUAUCCACUAUGACAUUAUCUGGUCAAGGUCAUACAAGUGUAAAACAAAUUCUAUCGACCAUUGAACAAUUUGUUCAAUAUUUCCUAGAACAUCCAUCAUGGCGUUCGCGGGCUAUUGGAAUAUUGCUAUUUAGAAAUCUUGUUGUCUUUAAUUUAUCAGCAUUUUAUAAUUCUCAAAAUGUAUUAAUCACAAAUAUGACAAUUGAUAAGUAUGUGAAUAAAAAAUUAAGAAGCAUUCUAUGGAAUUGUUUAAAUGAUGCCCUGCUGGAAGUUAGUCAGAUAGCAAUGUUUGUUAUGGCUGUAUUUAUUGAAGUGAAUUUAAUUAAGUAUGAUGAAAAAUGGAUUCGUCAAUUAAUCAAACAAAUCAAUCAACCUUUACCAAAAUCAAUAAAUCAUCAAUUACCCAAUGGUCAUAUUGUUCAUUCAAACAAUACACCAACUGAUAAUGCUGAUGCUGUUACUGAUGAUACUGACAGUGAAUAUCGUCAAGCUGUAAAAACACGUUAUCGAUCAGUAUUAGCUUUAUGUUCAUUUAUCCAUGGACAUCCGCAUACAACACCGGAUUAUCUACCAAUGAUUAUCUCAGAAUUAUCCAAUCAUAUACAUGAUCCACAACCAAUAAAACAAGUGAUUUCAUCAACUCUGUCAGCAUAUUCACGUAGUCAUCAAGAAGUAUGGCAUGAACAAUCGUUGAAAUUUACACCAGAACAAUUAGAAAAUUAUAAAUUUGUCAUUUCAGACGCUUCCUACUAUGUUUAGCUAUUUAUUUAUUUAGGUAUUUAGCUAUAUACUACUUAAAAGUAGUAAAUAUUACUACUAGUAAUAUUCAAAUUAGCUUACUCUUUUCUUUAAAUGUGUGUGUACGUGCGUGCGUGCGUGCGUGCGUGCAAAUAAUUGGUACUGGUGUAAUUCAGUCAUAUAUUAACUAAUUAAUUAAUUUGUCUACCAGAGAUGUCUAAGUCUAUUUUGCUUCUUCAAAAUUAACGCGGAAUUCUCAAAUGAUUUAUUAGUGGUGGUAUAAUGUUUGAAUUGAUGAGAGAAAAAAGUAUUUUGAGAUGUCUACAUUUAUAUAUAUAUUUUUUAUGGUUUUUUCUUGUUUUCUGUAUAGUCAAUGAAGAGAUGAUUAACAUGCCUUCUUUUUUCUAACAUAUUUUUGUGUAAUGUAUGUAGGUAUAUUUGUGUAUAUGUGUAUAAUACAUAAAUACAUGUUGGUA